UCUAGAUGCUUCCACAUUAUUCUAUUCAUUUCAAUUACUCUCAAACGCGAAGGUUAACGCUGGCCAAUCACCAAUGCCCAUUUCGUUUGAUGCAAUUGACAGCACAUAUAAGAACUGCCAUUUUGUUGUUUCCAUUUUCGCGCUUCAUCUCACUCACUGACUGAGCGAGCGAACAAGCCACAAAUAUCACCACCCUUCUCUUUUCUUCUCCACCAAGUCUUUGCCCUUUUCUGUAUUGCUGGCUGCAAACCAAACUACAUCCACUGAUUUACCUUCUCUAAUUCACAUAUGGAUCACAGAAUGGUGGCGGGCAGGAAACAACAAAAUUUCAUAGUUAAUGGAAAUGCCCCUCCAACUCCAAAUGCGGCCAACUGUGUUGUGGCUACCAGAAAUCUAAGGAAGAAUCAACUUGGUGGUGUCAUAUUCGGGUGCAAGAACACCACCUACAAAGAGUGUCUUUUCAAACAGCUUUUUGGCUUACCUGCUCAACACUUUUCGUAUGUGAGGAACAUUGAUCCAGGAUUACCAUUAUUUCUGUUCAACUACAGUGAGCGAAAACUACAUGGAAUCUUUGAGGCUGCUAGCCAUGGUCAGAUGAACAUUAAUCCAUAUGGAUGGACAACUGACGGUUCAGAGAAAACACAAUAUCCUGCACAAGUCCAGAUUCGUGUUCGAAUGCAGUGCCAACCAUUGCUUGAAGAACAGUUUAGACCUAUUAUUUCAGACAAUUACUACUGCCGCAAUCAUUUCUGGUUUGAGCUAGACCAUGUUCAAACGAAUAACUUAAUGUCCUUAUUGGCAUCAUUAGCAGUUUCUCCAAGCACUUAUAUGCCUCAAAAUACGGCAAAGUGGAGAAAUAUUUUCCUGCCUCUUCCUUCAUCUGGCACAAAAAAGGAAGAUGAAGGGUUUAGACCACUUGCUCCUGAGAUGGAGCAAACUAAUCAUACAAAUGGAAAAUGGGAAACAGAUGUUUUCUUUGAUGACAUAAAAGUAGCAGAUGAUGAAUGGAAGCUCUCAGCUUCAGAGGUUGAGCAUUUUAGUCAGUCGAGUAGUAAAUCAGAGUCUACUGACUGUGCUCCUUUUGAUUCACUGGAAACUAAUGUAGAGCCAAAGACUACAGGACAAGGAGAGAAAGAUCUUAUACUAAUUAAACUGAAAGAACUGGCUCAAAAACGUAAAGAUCAAGAUGUUUCUUUGAUGGAUAAUGUGGAAGAUUCCACAGUUAUGAAAGAGGCACACAUUGAAGAUGGGGUUUUGUUAAGGGAGCAAACAGAUUUGUCGCAGAGGAAGGAAGAUGGUGCUUGUUCAUCAUCUGGUUGUCAAUCCAUUAUAUCUAAGUUGAUCCAAGAGAUGGAAGAGCUAAGGACAUUUAAAGCAGAACAAUGUGGGAAGAUGAGUCAAAUGGAGCAAAAACUGAUUGCAGCGGAAAUGGAAAUUCAACAGCUAAAAGAUCGUUGCCGGAAGUUGGAAUCUUUGUCCAGCCAUUCUGUAGAACAUGUUAAUGAAGUGGAAAUUGAACCUGCUGAGGAGCUGCAAUUGGAUCCUACUAAGUCAAUAUUUUUAGUGGGAGGAUACAACGGCCAAUUGUGGUUAUCAACACUGGAUUCUUACUUCCCAUCUGACGAUGUGAUAAAAUCAGUUCAGCCAAUGAGUUCUGUGCGUUCAUAUGCUUCAGCUGCACAGUUGAAUGAUGAGCUCUAUGUCUUUGGUGGUGGUGAUGGUUAUUCAUGGUAUGAUACAGUUGAAUCAUACAACCCAUCAAGUGAUCAGUGGACACCCUGCCCUUCCCUAAAGGAGCAAAAGGGAAGCUUAGCUGGAGCUGCAUUGGGUGGCAAACUCUUUGCCAUUGGUGGUGGGAAUGGGAUUCAAUGCUUUUCAGACGUUGAAAUGCUUGACUUAAUUCUAGGACGUUGGAUCAGCACGCGUUCAAUGCUACAAAAGCGAUUUGCUCUUGCUGCUGUGGAACUUAAUGGCGCAAUUUAUGCCACUGGUGGAUAUGAUGGGAAUGAUUACCUGAAGUCUGCAGAAAGAUUUGAUCCCAGAGAGCAUUCAUGGACUAAAAUUGCAAGUAUGAGCACGAAGAGGGGCUGCCAUUCACUGGUGGUUCUGGAUGAAAAACUAUAUGCUAUUGGUGGUUUUGAUGGUACUAAAAUGGUUCCAAGUGUUGAAAUAUAUGACCCACGUAUGGGAUCAUGGAUGAGUGGAGAGCCAAUUAACCAGGCAAGGGGAUAUGCAGCUGCUGCUGUUGUUGAAGGACUAAUAUAUGUAAUUGGAGGUCUGAGAGCUGGUGAAGAUAUCGUAGACUCGGUAGAAUGUUACGAAGAGGGUGGGGGUUGGCAAUUGAAAACUAGCACGGCUGUUGGCAAAAGGUGCUUUUUGUCGGCCAUUAUUUUCAAGUGAACAUACAGCAAGCAUGGGUUUAGAGGGGGCAGCAGAUGUUACAUAUGGUUUCUCACUUGCUAUUGAUUUGAGUCCCUUGGGGGUAGUGUGGGAUGGGAUGGGAUGGGAUGGGAUGAAACAUAUAAAUAUACACUGUUAAAACGUGAACGAUUCAGUCUUAUUAAUCAAUUUUGGACUUUACCUUAAA